AUGGAUCAUGUCCUGGUGCCGGGGGAUGCGCCGACCGCUGAGCCGUACCGGUACGAGCACUUCCGGGAUAGCUACUCGAUCCGUAUCUUGACGCUCGAGCCCGGCGUGGGCGAUGAGCCGCUGGUCGGGUCUCUCACGUUUGAGAAUUUGGAUUUUGGUCCGGAGUAUGAGGCCAUCUCGUAUGUUUGGGGUACUGAGGGCCGGUGCUCAGAGAUCCUCAUUGAUGGGAGGGUGCUACCUUUGACGCGGAGCAUUGAGGGCGCGCUGCGCCGCAUGAGACAUGCCUCGUCCCGUCGUCGUCUCUGGGCAGACCAGAUUUGCAUCAACCAGGACGACAUUGCGGAGCGGAGUCAGCAGGUUAGUCUCAUGAAUGCCAUAUACAAGGGAGCCCAGCAUGUUUUGGUGUGGCUGGGGCCGGACGACAACCGUGCUGCCCAGGCGGCCGUCACCAUGGUUCACUAUCUACACGGCGUCUUUACGAAUGAUGAGAUGCAUGACGAGUUUCGUCUUGCGCACUCGGAGGAGCUGCUGAAGCAGGACAAGAGUCCCUGGGUGCCGUUGGCUCAGAUGACGAGGCUACAAUGGUUCAACCGGAUAUGGAUUGUCCAAGAGAUUGGCACUACAGCGCCGGCCACGCUCUACUGGGGAGACGUCGAGAUUGAUUGGGAGAUCUUGUCUCUUGUCACGGGCGUCUUGGGCGAGAGCUACCAUCAUCUGAGGUCGAGGUUUUACAUUCUCACCCCCAACAUUCGGUAUCUGUACCAGAGAUUUGUUGAGCCGGACGAGGACAACGACAUCAACCAAGACCGUGCCUCUUUUAUAUAUGAGCUACAUCGCGCGAGACAUCUCCUCGCCAAAGAUCCUCGGGAUCAUGUGUAUGCCUUUCUGGGCCACUUCUCACUUCACACUGGCAGCAAGGCCCUCUCGGAACUGGAACCAGAUUAUAGCAAGUCGAUUGAAGAGGUCUACUAUGAUGUUGCCACCAGAGAACUCUCGGGCUGCGAAUCACUUCUCUUAUUAUCUGCCUGCCAUGAUGUGCCGUCCACGUAUAGGAGGAGGCCCAUGACAAGGGGGGAUCUACCAACGUGGGUUCCGGACUGGCGCAUCGUUCCGCUUCACCUCAUCGGAACCCCUGGCACACCUCACAGAGCUUCAGGGGACCUAACGCCGAGACUGCACAUCGAUGAUGAGAGGAAGGCCUUACAUAUCCGUGGCAUGCGUGUAGAUCGAAUUCGCCGACCGACAUGGACUUUCUGGGCCAACGCCUUCCAGUUCCGUCGUGAACCAGUACCUCAACUACCCAUUGAAGCUCUAUGGAGCAGCAUCUGCGGUCGUGGAAGCAAGCGCUUUAGUCUACAGAAGAAGUACUUCACCGGUGAACCGGCCUUCUUCGCCCUCAUCCAGACGCUGACAAACGCCUGCGUCGGCGCGGACCGCUCCCGUCCCUACGAGGAGAUCCCCAAGGAGGAGUGGCUCGCCAACGGGGCGGCGUACCUAGUUCGCGCACUGGGAGACACAGACGGCGUGGACCAGGAGAUCCAGCGGCUGGCGCUCUCGGGGGAUGGAUUCAAAUGGAGCCACCAGGCGACGCUGGUAACGCGAUAUCGCAAGUUUGCGGUAACCGCGGGGGGAUUAUUUGUCCUGGGGCCGGAUAUCAUGCAGAACGGGGACGUGGUGGUUGUGCUGUAUGGGGGAAAGGCACCGUUUUUGCUCAGGAGGAGGGCGGAUGGGAAAACGUGGAUGCUCGUGGGUGAGUGUUAUGUACAUGGGUUGAUGAACGGGGAGGCUUUGGAGGGCGAUACGCCGCAGGAGGAGUUUGUUAUUUUAUGA